AUGCCAGAAAUGAAAAAGAAAACGGUCCAUAUAAAGGACCCAGAAAAAGUAGAGAAAAUAAUAUGUGGACUUAUCAGAGGUGGAGCGAGUAAACUUCAGAUAAUUACAGACUUUGAUAUGACACUGACUAAAUUUUCUUACAACGGAAGAAGGUGUCCAACUUGCCACAAUAUUAUUGACAACUGCAAGUUGAUCACUGAAGAGUGCCGUGAAAAGUUGCAUAAGUUGAAAGAAAAAUACUACGCCAUUGAAAUAGACCCUCAUCUCACCAUUGCAGAGAAAUACCCGUAUAUGGUUGAAUGGUACAACAAGUCUCAUACUCUGCUGGUUUCACAAAGACUGCAAAAGGAUAAACUCGCUGAAGCAGUGAGAGAGUCUGAUGUGAUGCUCAAAGAUGGGUAUGAAGUAUUCUUUGAAAAGCUUCAUGAAAGCAAUAUUCCUGUCUUCAUAUUCUCUGCUGGAAUUGGAGAUAUCCUAGAAGAAGUAAUUCAGCAAGCUGGUGUCUAUCAUUCUAAUGUUAAAGUGGUCUCCAAUUUCAUGGAUUUUGAUGAAAACGGUAUAAUGAUUGGCUUUAAAGGCGACUUGAUCCAUGUUUAUAAUAAAAAUGACAGCGCUUUGAAGAACACAUGUUAUUUCAACCAGCUAAAGAACAACUCCAAUAUCAUUCUAUUGGGGGAUUCUCUAGGUGACUUAUCAAUGGCAGAUGGAGUUUCAAAUGUAGAGCACAUACUUAAAAUUGGAUUUCUAAAUGACAAGGUGGAAGAAAGUCUAGAAAAAUACAUGAAGUCAUAUGACAUUGUUUUGGUGAGGGAUGAAACCUUGGAUGUAGCAAACGCUCUCCUUAAGAAGAUCCUUUAAAACACGAAGUAGAAGCAGUCCUCACUCAGCAGCAGAUGAACAGCAGCAUGUGAAGAAUACUGUCUCUAUGCCUUCUUAAAGGAAUAUUUAUACAAUUUACUGCUUGAACACUUUCUGUUGCUGUGUAUAUAAAGCACCUGAAAAAUGACAGCAGUUUGGAUGUAAAAAGAAAAUAUAUCUAUCCGCAAACUUUGCACUGAGUUAAAUUACUAUCUUAAUUAAAUGUAUGGUAUAUAUUA